CGGCCCUUUGAGUGUAGGGCUUUGAUCAUUAUUAUUAGCAAUCCUACCCAGCCGUAGCCGUAUUUCCGAGGUUUGGACUAACAUACUUAAGGCGAAACCCCCCUUACAUAGGCACUUCAUCAGGUAUUCCCACGAAAGACAAGCCCAGAAAUCACAACCACCGCCAUGACAGUCUUGCAAAGCCAGCCCAGUAUUGAAGAUGUGAAGGCAUCUGUAGAUGCAGCGCUAGAAUCCUUGCACAUAACUCUACGAAACCUAAACAAAGAGAUCUGGUCCAACCCUGAAACAGCUUACGAAGAGCACAAAGCUCAUGACGCUAUCUGCAAUUUCCUCGAAGCGGAAGGCUUUUCUGUUACUCGUCACGCGUAUGGUCUGGACACGUCAUUCGAAGCAACAAGCGGCUCUGGUGGUCGGUUGAUCAACUUCAACGCCGAAUACGAUGCCUUACCUGACAUUGGCCAUGCUUGUGGUCAUAACCUAAUUACAACGAGCAGUGUCGCCGCUUUCUUCGCUCUUUCUACCAUUUUAAAGAAAUAUGGCAUUCCUGGGCGUACUCAGCUCCUAGGCACGCCUGCUGAGGAGAACGGUGGUGGGAAGGCCAAGCUGAUCGAUGCUGGGGCUUACAAAGGCGUCGAUAUCUCAUUGAUGGCUCACGCUGGCCCCGAAAAUCUCUUCCCUGGCGUUGAGGCUACUGGUGUGGGUGGCGUUCUGAUGAAUGCUCGUAAGGAGAUUCACUGCGAAUUCACAGGGAAGAGUGCACAUGCUGGAGGCAACCCGUGGGAUGGUAUCAAUGCGCUGGAUUCUCUGGUGGCCUCCUACAAUAAUGUUGCUAUCCUACGACAACAGCUUCAACCAGAUGAACGUGUUCAUUGUGCGUUCUUAGAUACACCCAAGGUGGCUAACGUCAUCCCAUCCUAUACCAAGGCCUAUUGGCAGGUUCGCAGCCCAACGUUGAAAGGUUUGAAUAGGUUGAUGGUCAAGGUGCGCAAUUGCAUCGAGGCUGGUGCCCUGGCAACUGGGUGUGAAGCCAAAAUUAUAGAAAAUGAACUUUACACAGAUAUAAAGUUGAACGACACAUUAUGUGAGCGCUACCAAGCCCACAUGGGCAGUUGGGGACGAAAUGUCCUGAAAAGCCACGAUAAAAUCCUAACUGGAUCAUCUGAUAUUGGAAAUGUCAGCUACGUGAUGCCUACUCUCCAUACCAUGUUCGGCAUUCCAGCACCGGAUGGAUCGUUUCCCCAUCAUCCGUCAUUUGCAGCAGCCGCUGGCACGGACGAGGCCCACGGUGAGGCGGUGGUUGUGGGUAAAUCGCUAGCCAUGAUCGGGUGGGAAAUGGUUACGGAUGAGGCACUAUUCGAGCGAGCGAAACAUCAGUGGGAGAAGUGUAUCCAAGAAUGA